GUCUGGUUAUAACAGAAUUAAGGUAGUGGGGUGAUAGCUCACAAUACGAUUCGAUGCAAUCCCUCUAGUAAGAUAAAGGGGCAUUUGAAUCCCGCGGCAUUACGUAAGAUAGACGGACUGUUCUCCAACGGCACUUCGCAAAAGCCGCGGGGUUCAACAUCAAUCUCACCAUCAUCAAUCUCAGCCACUAACCACCCAUUCAUUACCGCGGUAAUUCUAGUCGCAUCUUGUCGAAAUCCGACCCUAGGUUAGGGUGAAAUGUCUUCUGGCUCGGUGACAGGGGCCUCCGCAUCAUGUAGUCCGGCACCUUACGGACAGGCAUGUGUCGGCUGCUCCCGCGCCAAAUGCAAGUGCUUCUAUCGCUCUGAUGGAUCUUCAUGUGAGCGAUGUCAUCGCCUAGGGAAGACCUGCGAGCCUGCGCUGGCUCUCCGUAAGCGCAAGGCUCGCACGCCGCCGCCGCCACCUACGCAGCCUCCUCCCCCGCCUGUUAAUUCGCGGCUCGAGGAGAAGCUGGAUGAUCUGGUAUCCCUUCUACGGUCUCAGGCUGCCGAAAAACAGGGUCAAACUCCGACCCAAUCCCAGCGACACACGCCCCAGUCAAUUUCGGAAGGGGCAUCUGGUGGCUACGGCGAGUCUAUAUCCUCGAUGUCGGUACCCGAGAAUCCGGAUGUGGCGCUAGAUACUGCUGCCAGUGUUGUUCGUCUUUUACGCCCAGCUACGCCACAUAUGUCGCCGUCACCUAUAUAUGACGAUAUAUCUGUCCACCGCUUACAGGACGGGGUCGCGGAAGAGCAGUUGGAGUCAUUUCGUCGCUCAUUCCUUACGAUGUUUCCGUUUGUUCAUAUCCCUGCUACCACGAGCGCAGCGGAGCUCCGUCGCGAGAAGCCCUUCCUAUGGCUUGUCAUCAUGGCUUUGACUCCUAAGAUGGUCUCUCAGCAAUUCGCGAUGGAAGCCACUAUAUGGCACAUCAUAUCACGCAGAAUAGUGGCGCAACAUUUUGCUAAUUUGGAUUUGCUCCUCGGAGUCAUUGGCUUUGCUUCUUGGUCUCACUACUUUAAAAAGGACAAGCCCUUCAUGAGUAUGCUUUCUCAAAUCGCCGUGUCCCUUGCUCUUGAACUAGGUAUUCAUCGCAAUCCGCCUACGACUCCGCUGCGGCGUAGUCGUCUUCCGAGCCAACCACCCGAGAAACAACCCAGGACAAUGGAAGAGCGCCGCACCAUGCUCGCUGUAUUCCAUCUUUCAUCCGCCACAUGGUCAACGUAUCGAAUGACUGAGCCUCUUCGGUGGACGUCGUAUUUAGAAGAAUGCCUCUACCUCUUUAGUGAAGGAAGAGAAACUCAUCUAGACAUUCUCUUGACCGCGCAGAUCAAGUGUCAGAUCAUAACGAAUCAUUUGUCUUGCGCUUCUCCCAACGAGGCAAUUGAAGUAGAAAACCCUAAAGCGCCGUCAGUGGCCCUGACUACGGCUCUAUUAAGGCAGCUCAAUAUCAUCCGUCAGAGCCUACCAGCUGAUGUCGCAUCUAAUAGGACCGCACAAUUAUAUCUCCUCCACGCGGAACUCAGAAUCCGGGAGUCUGCGCUCGGUCGACCGAGAUCUCCAGACCAGACCGGCUUAUCACAGUUCCAACGGGUUCAGGACCUCGAGUCGGUCUUAAAUACGAUCGAACGGUGGUUCGUGGCCUACUCGGAGAUGCCGUUAUGCAACUGGAUCGGCUUCACGGCCGACAUAUUCACCCAGUUCAUGCAAUUCCUAGUUGUAAACUUCAAGCUCUCUAUCCUCAACGAGCCCGGGUGGGAUGUUCAAGAAGUACGUCGGCGGGCGGACGUCUUUAAGAUCCUAGAACGCGCGUGCCAGGACGUCGAGCGCGUCCCAAUAGAAUUAGGUAUAGCGGACGCGGAAGGACCGCGCUACGGGCUCUUCUUCAAGAUACCCGCGCUCCUCCGCGACGUCAAGGCCCUGUUCCUAGCAGAGAUGCCGCCGCCCGCCGCUUUUCCAACCCAAGAGACCGGCGCCGACGCGAACGAUAUGGAUAAUAGCGCGGGCGGAGCCGAACUCAUGGAUUUCUCUUUUUCGGACGAGUUUCUUUUGGGGAUGUUGCAAGAUGACAUCCUGAGCCCGGCUUGGGAUUUUAGGGCAGAUAGUUCGUAUAUGCCUUUUCCUACGUAGAUUCAGGGUUACCUACAUAGAUGAUACUUUACGCCUAACCAGGAGCUUACAUGAAAAGGGAAGAAUUGUGACGAGGAGCGAAUCUCUAUCCACACUGCUACCUAAUUCAUAAAAAAUACCUAUCGCUUGGAACGCCUACCUGUUAGUAGGUAAGAGGGUGAUGAGACAGUAAAAGGAUUUGAGAAUUUCUAAAUCUGAUCUAAGCAUUAGUUAUGUAUUCACUUAAAACUCCUGAGGCAACGUACCUUUUUCAGGGGGCUAUUCCGAGUCCCUGAGUCGGAUGACUA